AUGAGCGAGAGCAUGACCUGGACGUCGCCGUGGACCGCGUACGAGGCGAUUCAGCUGCUUGGUGAGGGCGGCUUUGGCGAGGUCUACCUCGCGCGCCACUACGCCACCGACCACCUCGUUGCGCUCAAGGCCUUGCGGCUUGCCACAAGCGACGCCGCCAGCGCCCGGCGCGAAAUCGAGAUUGCUGUCCGUGUGUGUCACCCGAACCUCGUCAUGAUCUACGAGUGGAAGUUUACGGUAUCGUACCUGCUCUUGGCGACAGAGUAUUGUCCGAACGGCGACCUCUUCGAUUUCAACCAAACGUACCAGCCGCUGCCGCUCCAGACGAUCCGGAAGUUUACCGGGCAAAUCGCGGCCGGCCUCGGUGCGCUGCACGCUGCUCACGUCAUGCACCGCGACAUUAAGCCCGAAAACAUCUACGUCGACCACAACGAGAACCUCAAGAUUGGCGACUUUGGCAUGGCGAUCUUUUGUCAUCGCCCUCGCCUUGACAACUGCUGGAUCGACGUGUGGGCCGCUGGCGUCGUGCUCUACGAGCUGCUGACUGCCGAGUCGCCCUUUCGGACCCGGUCCAGCAUCCUCCGUGGCGAGUAUGAAAUGCCCGAUUACGCGUCGCCGCUCUUGCAAGACCUUCUUCGCGGUAUGCUUGCGGUGGACCCACGUCGCCGCCUGUCGCCAGCCGCGAUUGCCGCUCAUCCUUGGCUCACGUCGUUGUAG